AUGACUCCAGCACCGCGACAAAGCACAAUUUAUGAUUUGACAGGUUUGCGCCUUCAUCCAGAUGGAACUCGAGUUCUUCAGACGGAAAACAACAGAAGACUUCGCGUAGCAAAACAAUCUGCUCGCGAUAUUCAAGGAAACUGGAUUGCCAGCGACGCAGGGGGUUCAGGUCGUGUAACAAGAUACAGGACAUUUCGACAGAAGGGAAAGGAGCGUGCAGAAAGUGGUGAUACAGAGAACCCCGGAGAAAACGAACAACAGUCUGAAGAGGACGAGGAACCCGUCAAAGACUAUCGAGCGAUUAAGCGAAGGAAAUUCGAACACGAUCAUGAUUUUAUUAGUCCGUCUUCUAUACACCAAUACACUGCAAAAGCCUUACCAGAAGAAGGAAAUGAAAGUCCCGUUGUGCCUUUACCAUCAUCCGACCUUUUGAAGUGCAUACACUUUAUGACUAGCCAGUACUACCAUGAACGAGGCCAGUUAUUGAACUCUUCCCGAGAGUAUCGAAGGCAGCGGAAGCUACGACAGUCAGCGAAGCUAUUGUCCAAAACAUUGGAUAACUCAGAGCAGGCGCGUGAUGACAGUCAUCAAUCUUCGUCUGAGAGCGGCCAGGAAGAAGAUCAAGUCUCCGGGGAGGAUGAAAUGGAAUCGAGUAACGAAGAAGAUGUCAGAGAUGAGGAAAAAUCUAAAGGCAUCGCUAAGAAGAAACGGAAGGGAGGAGACCGGCAUCCCGUCAUUGAUAUGUACCGAACCAUGAAUGGAUCUGCGUUGAUGGCACUAGGGAUGAUCGUGCAAGAACAUAUAGCAGAGAGUCUCAAGAGUCGAAUACCUGGCGAUUGGGAAGCUGGGCUUCAGACCUUUGAGUCUGAUAUCGAGGAAACGGAAGAGAUUCAGAUCGAGAAAGACCUGGAAGCGCCAACAGAGGAAGAAGAGGACGAGGAAGUGCAGAAUACUCAGGCGACUCUCGUAGAGGGAAAUACCUCGCGACCAAAGUCGUUUGAUGAAGUCUCCGAUUCCAGUGAAAGUUGA